UGCUCGAGAGCGAGAGACAAAGUGAAAUAGGGAGAGAGAAAGAGAGAGAGAGAGAGAGAGAGAGAGAAAGAGAGUACAAAUCAACCUGCCUCGGUCAGAACAACAGGGAGGAGGACACAAUACAGCUGAGUGAACGGGCAGGCUUUUUCUUGUUCCGUUGAUACACAGCACACACUGACAGAGAGAAAAGAGAGGGAGGACGGAGGGACGUGAGAGAGAGAGAGAGAGAGAGAGAGAGAGCGAGAGAGAGAGAGAGAGGGAGAGAGAGAGCAAAAAUGCUGUCACUGGGGGGAAGGGGGGAGACGACAGCAGGCUGGAAGAAGACAAGGUCCAGCAGACAUAUGGAGGAUGCUAACAUGUAAUGGGCAGUGAUGAUCAAGAGCACAUGAGUGUCUGGAGACUCUGGAGAGACCGGUUGGCUUCAUCAGGAAUCAAGUCCUCCCUCUGCCUCAACACUGGAGCACACUUUCAUAUCUGGGUGGAUUCUGCAUUAGCGAGUAAUGAGAAGGCAGCAUCUCCUGUUCAAGCUUGUUCAAAGCAAUGAGAAACAGCUGUCUUGCUGCGACAUGCCCACAAUGACUUCCUGAGUAUUCCUAGUAGUGCAAGAGACUGCAAUAGGCUGUCUUCUGCAAGUUGUGGACAGGUUCCUGUAACAGAGGCAUGACCUCUCCUUCAUACCUUGUGCACAUGUAUCAGUCAACUAGUUCCUCCGCAGCAACUUACCAGUCAACCCACAGUAAGAGAGAGGGGUAGCCGGGGUAGAGAAGAGAGACCUAAAGGAAGUCUGAGGGAUUGGGGUGUGUUGAAUGGACAAGUGCACCAUGCAGUCGGACGACCUUUUCAUCCGCAAGUUCCGCCGGCAAAGCCCUCGCCCAAACCUGGCCGCCGUGAGCUUCGAUCCCAAGCGGGAAAACGGAGUGCGGACACGAGUGGUGGCAGAGUGGCCACCCAGAAGGGAGGGUGAGGGGACAGAAGGUGAGAGCGUGAUGCCCAGUAGGGUGGGGCUCAACCUUCGCUCAGUUGGGAGGGGACACAUCAUGCAGCGCAGCAACAGCGAUGUAACCCUGGGGGACCUAGACUCUGCAGGAAAGGCUGGGGUGAAAGUCGCCCGGACUGUGGGUGAGAACACGGGACCGGGGGGUCAGGGGGAACCUGGGAUCGUCCUCCAUCGAGAAUAUGGGAGUCUCUCAUCUCUGGAGAGGCAGAGUCGAUCUGUAGAGCCAUGCUCAGAGGACCAGGGAGUCCUCAGUCCCAAUGCUAUGCGCUUCAAGGAUCCCUUCCUCUUACUUGGCCUCCAGGAGACCCCGCCUGAGCCAGAUGGCUUUUUCCGAGCCCUCUCUGCACCUGCUGGGGAUACUCCAAAACCAGCCAAACCCCCGAAGCCGGAGUCGCUUGGGAAGAAGGCAAAACCAACUUCUCCUCAGAUUCUUCCCGAACAGCCAGUUGGUGGAGGCUGGGUGCGCAACUUCGCCCAUUAUGACGUGCAGAGCAUCCUGUUCGACUUGACCGAGGCGGCUACCAACAGGGACAGUGUGGGCCGCAAGAAGAACAUUACCUCUGGGGCCUCGGCUGCCUCACAGCUCCGCCCCGUGGCACAAACCGCUCCCUCUUCUCCUUCCCUGAGUGGAGGAGGAGGGGGUGGAACAGCAGGUGGCUCCAACGUUGAGGAACCUGAGCAGGCUCUGCUGGAUGAAGGGGAUGGCAAUGACAACGACCUAUUGCUCAGCUGCCCACAUUUCCGCAAUGAGAUGGGUGGAGAGGAAAGGGCAGGGCUAGGCAUGGCCCGAGGUGCCGGUGGCCGCUGGAGGAGCCUGCAGAGUCCCAACGAUGCCGUGUCUGUGCUAGAAGAACCUCGAGAGAGCCAUAUCCAGCAACAGGGAAAGAGCAACUACUUCAUAGAACAUGCGGACCUGGGUGCCCGCUACUACCACAAAUACUUCUACAUGAAAGACCAUCAAAACUUCUUUGGCAUGGACGAGCGAUUAGGGCCAGUGGCCAUCAGUUUCCGCCGUGAAGAGAAGGAAGCAUCCAGCGGAGCUCAGUACAACUACAGGAUCAUAUUCAGGACCACAGAGUUGAAGACUCUUCGUGGUUCCAUCCUGGAAGAGUCAGUGCCGUCAGCAGCGCGACACACGACCCCUCGAGGGAUCUCUCCAAAGAGACUACUGGAAUUCAUCCUGCCAGACCUCAACCUGCACUGUCUGAGGCUGGCCUCCACCUCGCCCAAAGUCCGCGACACACUGCUCAAACUGGACGAGCAAGGGCUGAAUUUCCAGCGGAAAGUGGGAGUGAUGUACUGUCGGGCUGGGCAGAGCACGGAGGAGGACAUGUAUAAUAACGAGAGUGCCGGGCCAGCUUUCGACGAGUUCCUGGACCUGCUGGGGGAGAGAGUGCGACUGAAAGGCUGGGAGAAAUACAGAGCGCAGCUCGACACCAAGACGGAUUCCACGGGGACACACUCCCUGUACACGCGCUAUCAAGACUACGAGAUCAUGUUCCACGUUUCCACCAUGCUCCCCUACACAGCCAACAACAGACAACAGCUACUGAGGAAGAGGCACAUAGGGAACGACAUUGUAACAAUAGUCUUCCAGGAGCCCGGCGCACUGCCAUUCACACCCAAAGCCAUCCGUUCCCACUUCCAGCACGUCUUCAUCAUUGUCCAGGUUCACGAGCCCUGCACGGAAAACACCUAUUACAGAGUCGCUGUAACUCGCUCGAAGGACAUCCCUCUGUUUGGCCCUCUCUUCCCUAAAGGAGCCAGAUUCCCCCGCUCUCUUGCCUUCCGUGACUUCCUGCUGGCCAAAGCCAUUAACGCAGAGAACGCAGCCGAGAAGUCUGAGAAGUUCCGCUCCAUGGCCACACGAACGCGGCAGGAGUACCUGAAAGACCUGGCGGAGAAUUACGUCACCACCACGCCCAUCGACUCUUCUACCAAGUUUCCCCUGCUGUCACUGGGUGGCAAGCGCAAGGAUAAGCUAAAGGGGGCCAAGGGGGCGGAGCUCCAUAGCGCAGGGGCCCUGGUGUGGGCCGUCUGCGGCACUCAGGAAAACGGCGGGCCGAAGCUACCCUGCCUGCUGGGCGUUUCCGCCGAAUCAGUGGUGCUGAUUGAACGCUACACAAAGAGGGUGGUCUUCAACUGCUCCUGCCGUGAUGUGAUUGGCUGGAAGGCAGUGACUGAGGCAGGGGCUAAAGGCGGUCCUUGCCUGGACAUCUUUUAUGAGAGGGGGGAGGCAGUGUCCAUCACAGUGCCAGAGAGUCAGGCAGAGGAUAUUAAGGAGGUGGUGCAAAGACUUGAGCUGGUGACGCGGGGCUGCGAGGCGCGAGAGGUGACCCCUCUACGGGACAGUGUGGGUCAGCCAGGCUUCCUGAUGAGCGAGGAGGGCUUUGUGACAGAUCUGCAGCGGUUCUGCUACGCUGAAAGCGACGGUUUGCAGAAGGGGGCACGUGUGGUGCGCCUCUGCGGCCAGCCACUGGUACACCUCAGCCAAGAGGAGAGGAGCAGGCUGCUGCGCACCGCCCCCAAAAUCCACAUCACCGUCAUCCCACCAGAUGAGAACGGCAAACCACGCAGGAGUUUCUCCGAGCUCUAUCAGAAGUCCAUCCAGGAUGCGGAGAGCAAGUCCGGUGAGGGGCAGUCGGGCGAGGCCUGGGUGUUGGAUGAGCGGGAGGUGCAGGAAGAGCAGCAGGAGCAAGAGGAGAUAAAGGAGCUGGAAGAGGAGGAGCGGGAGCAGGGAGAGGGAGAGGAGUCGGUCAGUGUGACCAGGCCGGAUGGGAGAGAAGCAGAAACGGAGGAGGAGGAGAAUGGGGAGGCAGGACAGGGGGGUUCCACCUGCCUCUUGUCCCCUCCCAGCCUGCCUCUGUUGCGUGCCGCCUCUCUACAGGACAGUCCCCUGUCCCAGGGUCUGGAGGUCAACCCUUCAGCCCUCACACGCAGCUACUCACUGGAGAGACACCCGCCCUACCAGGACAUCUUAGACGGUCAUGUGUACGAUAACGUUGGGCUGAAGGUGAAUAAGCACAUCUACGAGAACCCUGGAGAACUGAAAGACGCGACCCCUGACCUUAUACUGGCAGUCAAACCGAAAGUGCCUCUGGAGGAGGAGCAGAUUGGAGUGGAUGAGGGGGGUGAGGAGAGGCCAUCGGGGAGUGACGUACUGCUCCGCUCAGCGUGUAUGGAGAGAGCUGAGAGGAACUCCAGAGCGCUGAGUCUUCAUAACUCCAUCACAAAGAUUCUUUCAGAAACUGCUGAUUCGUCAGAGGAGGAGUGGCAGUCCAUUUCGGACCUGGCUACAGCUUGCAGGAGCAUUCUAGAAGCCUUGUCGCGAGAAGACCGGAAGGCAGGAGAUGGCAGCCAGGCAGCAGCAGACACUGGGACCUUGCUGGGUCAGACAGACGCCAAGCUCAAAGAUAUUAAAGACAGUGACUCACCCAGUCAUCUGGAGGAGAAGGUGUCCCAGUUGGAGGCCAUGCUGAAACGACUACAGGAUGACCUCCAAAAGGAGAAAGAGGACAAGGCGGUGCUCCAGGCAGAGGUGCAGAGUCUGAGGCAGAACAACCAGCGGCUACAGGAAGAGUCGCAGACAACCGUGGCGCGCCUCAUCAAAGUCACCGAGCUGCUGUGCAAUGUCAACAAGCCCUGCUAGUAGAACGAGCCUGCAAGAAACACCCUUUUAGAGACUAAUGAAGAUCAGUACAAAUGCAAGUCCUGCUAGCAAUGCAAUCCAACCUGCAAGACCCAUAGAGACUCAUAGAGAUCACUGAGGAAUGACACAAAUGUUAGCAAGCCCUGCUAACAAAGCAAGUCAUCUGAAAUGGAUAUGUCCUUAAUUCCUACUAGCAAAGUGUGCCAUCCAUAUCAAUUAUAUAAGAUGUUGGCCAGUUAUGGUGUCCAAACCAAAAUGCCCAGAGCCCGUAUAUAAACUCAUAAAGAUUACUGAGGAAUGACACACAUGCUAGCAAGGUCCACUAGCAAAGCAAGUCAACCAAAGUUUUGUGAAAGACAGACAUAAACCUAUGAAUAUGGCUGUGUUGGCCACCCAUAACAACUCCGUAAGAAUGAUCUAAAUACUAGCAGGACCAGCUAGCAAAGUAAGGCUGUAGCAACAUAUAAGGCAAGGAAGUAAGGGAUAUUUUAGCAUGUAGCAUUUGUAUUUGAAGGUGGGUAGGUGUACACUGGGGGCAAACAAAGUCAAAAACAAAAAAGAAUGCCAGCCUACAGGAUGUAGAAAUAUCACACAGGGACUAGCUGUGUUAAUAGUCAUAUAGUACUUUUAAAAAAACCUUUAUUGUAAGAGCAAAAUAGAACCCUAGAGCCUGUUUUGAGCUCCAGGCCUGCUGAAAUGAAGAAUUCAAUGCUAAGCUUUGGUUUCACUAGUGGCUUAACAGAAUUAAGGCCACUUAUUUCCUGUCAAACCUCAUUAAAUCCAGCAUUAUGGACUUUGGGUGAUGUUUAUAGACAUAUACAGUGAACAGGGCCAACCAAGAAUUUGUUGUCCAACCUAAAAUGAAGACAUUUCUGAUAAUGAAUGACAGUUAGGUGUUCAUUUAGCAUAAUGAGAUCAUGCUAAGUUGUACCCAGUAGCUUUCGUUUGUUGUUAGCCUUUCUGAAACAAGUGUUCUUUUAAGGGAAUAUAGGGGAUUUUUUUUCUAUGCUCUUAUUAAUGAUUAAUUGAACACCUUCAAACAGUCCCUGCUGACAUUGAAAGCCCAUUAAUAUUUACAAAUCUGGACAUAUCUGUACAGCAUGUUGUUGAGAAACCAGCGUGGACAAGACUGCUCAAAGCUUCUCAGAGUAGGAAUGCUAAUUUAGGAUUGGUUCAUAUCUGUAAGGUCGUAGUAAAGAAGAGAGGCACCCUAGAUCAGCAUGCCUACUCUGAGAAGCUUUAUGAGUACAUGCCUUGCUCACAUAAUUAUGGUGCCCAUAUUUCAAACAGAUUGCUAGAUCUAGUUUGUCCUUGAAUCUAGUUUGGGGCCUCAGAUUAGCUGCUAGCCCAUCGUCAUCCUGCCUAUUAGCAUGCUACUUGAUUAGCGUAUGUCUGCUAUCAUGUUAAUGUGUCUGGCUGACUCUAGGUCAUUUCAUAACAACAGAUCUCCUGAAAUUUUAGAAAAGUCUAGCAACAGCAACAACAAGUUUAGGACUAGAAGACUGAAUCAGUUUUGUAUCAGUCUACUGACCAACCACGGCUUUUUAUUUCUCUAAUUUAGCUCAUUUAUAGCUAAUUUUUAGACCUGGACACCUCUGCAGAAUUGUCUGUCCUCUAUGCCUCCUACACUUCCAUCUCUCCUUCCCUAAGGUUGGCUUUGCGGUAUUGCUAACUCCUACACAGAUGGACACUGCAGGGGUGGCCAAACAGCUGCAGGAUAUAUUAAAAUGGAAGUGAAUUUAGCAUCUAUGGACCUAAAUCAUCUGCUUCUGAAAGACAACCUAGCCUGGAACCUUCUUUCACAUCAGUGUCAUUGACAAUGAAUGGACCUUCUGCAAGCCUCAAAAUGAAGGACUAAAUAAAAUAGCCUCUUCUCGCAUAUGUAAGAUAAUGUGAAAACCUGUCAAAAAAGCUAUUUGCAAACUAAACAUUGUGAACACUUAAACUCCAAGGGAGUGGAAUUGUACUUUUGGAUGCAGCUUCUAUUACUGGAAGGAAAGACUCCUCUCGCUGGACAUGAAGGGAAAUGCAUCUGACCACAAAAGGGAAACUUGACUUGAAAUAGAUGGGAUUCCUGCAUCUAGUGACAAGACUGAGCCUUUUUUGCUGUAUUCAAAGACAUUUAUAGAAGUCUACUGAUAUUGUAUGGUAUUUGCUUUCAAUAAGUCACUGCUGGCUCAAGAUGUAAACUCCACGUUAGCCUCCUGCGUGUGCUUUGAAUCGCUCACAUGGGAAUGGACUGUCUGCUUUGGGACGUUGCACACGUACACAUUUACAGUUGUUCCUUUUUAUCGGCCCUGCACAUCACUUAUACACCGAAGUACUCACACUUCUUACCUCACGUCAGAUCCACUGAUGGUGACAUCACAAUGUGACAUAAAGCAAGAAAAGAAAUGAACUCUUAGCCUUGUUGCCAGUGCAAACCCUCCACCGCAAGGCAUGUGCGCACCCUGGACUACACUUGACCAAAUCAGACAGUCAUACAAACACGUACAUGCAAAGGGAUGCCAAGAGAAAUGUUGAAGAACCCGGUCAACAUGUCUGUAUGUUGUACAUAGUCUUUUAAGCUCCUCCUCUUGUUAUUUUAGAGUCACUGUGAUAAGCCGGUACCAGCAGAUUCUCAUAUAAUGAAGAUUAAAUUAUAACUCUUUAUCUUUAUGUCUUAUGUGAAGAUGUACAGCCAAAACAAUUCAGUGUUACUUCCCUCUGAGGCUCCACAGCUAGACCGAAACAGGUCUGGCCUAGCAUUCUCAGUGAAGCGUUGGCCAGUUACGGAGUUACAGGACUUGUAACACUGUGCAACGGUUUAGAUUUCUAUGAGAACGUGGAGUUCAGGCUUAAAGGAACCGGAAAAUUCGAAUUUACACAAUUUUCUACUUAGUCUAGAUGUAAUCAUCCUGCCGAGGCGCAUUUGGUGUUCAAAUUUUGCUUCUUGCAUUUAAAACGGGAGCUUCGAGGCUAAUGCUAAAUGCUAACAACACUGGACGUCAACGGUCACUCAAACAUUUUCUUUAAAUACAUCCGUAAACUUCUCUCAGCUUCAUUGAGUUCAGAUGGGCUUGUCAAUGUUGCUUAGAGCAAAGCGUGACUUAUUGUGAACUAUAAAAAUGACCAAAACGUCAUUAUGUAGCUGGGAACUGUGAAACCUCACUCACGUCUAUUUUCCACAAGUGGAUCGGAAUGCACUUCAGUGGUGUUAGCCUCAGCGAGCUAAUCAUUUAGCCAUGCAAACUUUGCAAUACAAAAUGUUUUUUGGAGAAGUUUGAGCAUAACAUGGAUGAAAUUUAUGAAUCAUUGCUUUGUCUGGCUAUAAAUGCGAUGCAGAGCCGCGGUGUAGUGCCUGUCUCUUAGUUGUUCCUAGCCAUGUCUGCUUUAGCAUGCUAACUAGCAAGCUAGCACAGUAAAGAAGUUGUAUUUCAUGUAUAAUAAGAGUAGUUUGUGGCUGAAGCCCAGCAAAUUGAAGGCUGUGGUUUUAUAAUGUUAAGCAUUUUGUAGCAGUUUACUGCUUUGGCUUAUAAACAGUUAUCCGACAUUAUUUUCAGGUUCGAAAAAGGAAAGAUUUUUGUGGCUAAGGGCUCAUCUAACACACUUAACUUGCACUAAUAAAGAUCUUUAACAUGGCAACAGUUGAUUCUUCUGAGGAGGCAAAGUGGAUGAGGGCUUGUUAAAACUGGUGUUAAAAGGGCGGCAGGUGUUAUGCUGAAUUCUGACUCUCCUUCAUGUGCAUGACAACAUGCAGGCAUACAAACGCUAAAUACUACGUUCACGAUUAUUUCUUUGUUAAUAGCUGUUAAACCUGAAUUUUCAAGCUGAAGAUGUUUAGAAAUAGAAACAGCAGAACUCAAGAUUGUAAUCUAGUGACCAUACAACACAGUACCUAUUGUAAUAAAUAUCCUUGGGAUGCAGUCCGCAUUACCUUAAUGAAGAUCUGAAUGCAGUUUGAGCCGCUUGUGAGAGGUUUUGGGGAUGUAUUUACAGAAAAGAUGUGGGUGACUGUUGACUUCUGUUGUUGCUUAGUAACAUUAGCCUCAUACCUCCAGUUUAAAACUGAAGAAGCAAAAAUUGUCAUGACAGACACGCCUCGGCUGAUCAGCUACAUCUGGAAAAAGUGCUGAAUUGUGUACGUUUGGUUUUUGAUCAAACUAUUCCUUUAAUAUCAGACAUCAAAGUGUGCUCAGGCAGGUUUAAUGCAAGCCCUCUCCAGUGAUGCAUUGUGGUAUAUAUUCAGCCAAAUGCUAAUGUAAAAGAACUCUUUCCUGUUCAAUUGUGUGUCUCAUAGUUUUAGAGAAUGUAGGGGGGUUGGCAAGUAUGGGAAUGCACCAAGCAACUUCCAGUUCCCCUCUGUAUGUGUGUAUGUAUGUAAAAAAAAAUGUAAUAACUUAUUAAUCUUGCAAAUGUGGAUUUUAUUGUUGGAUGUCUUUGAACUAGAGGGGUGGGGAUGUUAAUUCACAAACUACUGACUGGGAGGUUAUAAGGUUAUCAGCAUUUUGUUUUUUUUUCUUUCUGUUUUUUCUAGAAAUUUUAUUUUGUAAGAGCUCAAAUGUAACUUGAUCGCAAUGCAGAGGCAGUACUUGGUUUAUUAUUAAUAUCAAUAUCGGCUGUUAAAGGCAGAAUAUUCUUUCCUCCAGGUUUUGUAUGCCAUACGGUAUGCCUUAACGUGGUACACUUUCUUGAGAAAACCGGAAAGUGGGGUAAUCUUGGUGAAGGAACAGCUGGACGGUAUGAAGGCUGAGACCUGUUUGAAGGGUUUACUGUGAGGAAUUCCUGUACUUUCCUGUUCUGAAUGAUCUCCAUCAGUCAAUAUGCCACUUCUUCCCAUCUCUUUCAAAGAUUCAGCACCUUGCCCUUUAUCAGCGUUUCUGUUUCAGAUCUAGGAAACAUGCUCUUUGUUGGAAACAUGGCUCUUUCAGUUUAAAGCAAUCAUUUUUAUGCACUUUAAGGUUUUAACUUAACUUUCCCACACAGGAUCUUGUGCUUUCAGUAAAAAUCGUCUUAGAAUCUUGGUGCUCUCAGUGAUAUAGUUUAGAUUUUCAGUGAUGGACAACAUUCUCCAUUUAAACAUGCACUAUAACCUUGUGGAGAAAGUGAUGGAGUCAUGGCUUUGGUGUAGUGAUGGUUUUAAUUUACUUUAUUCCAAUGUUUUAUUUCCACUUAAGCAAAAUAUAUUACAAUAGCACAAAUUAGGCAUUUACUUUCUUUUUACUUUUGGCAAUAACUGUGUUUUCAUUUAUUUUAUUCAUGUGGAAAUGUUGUGCACAUUUCAGUCGAGCAAUGUCUGCACAAUGUGAAUGCAUAGCUAGUUGUGAAAAGAGGAAUUCCACCAAUUUUUCCACCAAAAUUUCUCAUUAAGUUAAGAAGAUGUAAGCAAACUUGUUUGAUGUAAAAAGCACCUAUUCUAGACAAUCUUAUCAACUGAGAAUUUACAUGCACUUAAUAAUCCGAUAACUGCAGAAAAUCAGAUUUUGUCAGUAAUGUGUUCGAGGUGUUUACAUGUACUUGAGUAAUCAGAUAAUGGUAAAACUCCAGGUCUACAUGAGUCAAGCAGUAAUCAGAUUUCUGCUUUACAACUGGCCAAUAAACGCACAGAAGAAGACGUAACAUAAAUGUAAUGAAAAUUUAAUGCUUUUUAAAAAAAAACAUCCCACCACUUUACCUGAAAAUAUGAACAUACAUCAUCUUAAAGAUGAAGAAUAUAUAAAUCCUUACUUUCGUGAAGCAUGUAGUUGGUUUCAGCGUCAUUCCAAAAGUGUUUCACUGCCAUCUCCUGGCAACGCUGCUCACUUAUUUCCAGUAUCACGAUCUGUUUCUGCACAUGCACAGACUGAGAAAUUUCAAAGAAAUCAGAGUAAGAGUUUACAUGCACUGAGAAAUCUGAUUACUAAGCUAAUCAGAUUUCUAGACCUUACUACAUUCUAAGAAAUCGGAGUAUGCUGUUUACAGGACCAUUUAAACAAUCAGAUAACUUAAGAAAUGUGAUUAUGAUCGGGUUAUUGAGUGUAUGUAAAUGCGCUCUGUGGUGGUAAUAGGAACCAGACGUCUCUAAAAGCUAUUUUUAGAUAUGUUUUUGAUAGUUUUGAUCAGAUUUAAGCCUAAACCUGUUGUUUUUCAUAGCAGUAUGAAACAGUAUAACAGUAUAAACAAGGCCCAAGAAGAACUUUCAGAUUUACCACCAUUUCACCAUCAUCAACACUGCAUAUAAAAACUCGAAGAAGACACGUUUAGGUUCACUCAUCAUUUUGGAUGUGAUCAUUGUAGACACUGACACUGACAUUCUCUGGUUCCUAUCAACACUACUGUAAAGAAAUCAACAUUCUGAGGUUUCUCUACGAUAAACCAUUUCACAUCAGACCAUUCAGAAUGACGUUCAUCUCAAAGACUUAAUGAAGGAUUAAGAGGAAAUUUUGAAAAACUGGUGGAAUUCUCAAUUGAGUUCCUUCAUGAACCAAAACAGCACUUGCAUUUUAAUACUUUACCUCAUUUUAUUUGCUUCUGCUUUGUUUUCUACUGUUUGAUUUGAUUGCUGUAUCUUACCAUGUAACGCCUUAUUCAGUAACAGCAGUAAGGCACAUACAGGCUCAUAGUUUUAAUAGACCAGAAGUGCAGAAAUGAGCUUAGCUGGCUCUCUCAGUAGGACAGCACUGUUGUACCACAAACUUUGAAGGAUCUGAACCACACGCAUCGUCAAAAUCCGUAUGCUAAAACUCAUACUCACUCACAUACACACUAUGCAUACUGGCCUGUGCUCUGCACAGGAGUUUUAGUUAUCAGGACCAAAGGCAGGGGAAUGUUUGAAGAGUCAAACAUGCAGACAAGGUGGAGGUAAAUGGUCAUUUGUGCUCUCUCUGUGUUCCUUUGACCCUGUGAGUGGAAUGGGCUGAUGAUUGAGUGUUGUUCUGUGUGAACUGGAGGGAUACUGGCAAUAAAAAUAAAAACUGAACUUGUAUCUGUAUAAAACAUAAA